GUCCGUGAAUGCAUUUACAAACGAGAUAUUUAAAUUGACGCUGGUAGAGUAGGCAGUAUCUCUUGGAAGUAGGAGGUGGCUCCACCAAGAUCACAUCAGAAUGUGGGAGUCAAAAGAAUCUUACAUUUUUUUCAUUUCGCUUCCUACCUCUUAAUAAUAAAGUUAACCGAGGCGCGUACUCGGUGAAUUGUUUUAACAUAAACGCACAUAUGCCUGUGGGCAUGGCGUAUUUUCCCGUUUUUCAGAACACGCCAUUAUUAUUUUGAUAGCGAGAUAUUUGGACAAUAGCUGAUGUACGCUUGAUUAACUAGGUAUGGGUGAUUGCAGUAAAGUUCUGGGGGCGUAUCACGCAUGCCCGACCUUCGGACAUGCGCAAUAGACUUUAGGUCUCGACUCCCAUAUAUUUUUAUUAUUAUUAGUGUUUAAUGCAGUUAUUUCUUCAGAAUUUAUUAAAAGGAUAUAAUAAUAACUUAAAGUCUUCGUUAAAGUUUAUUUUCGCACAGUUGAAAUGUACAUUACGACAAUUUAUUAAUUGAUUUCGUGUCUCGCGAGGUUUUAUAGUGUUAUAACCUAAAAUGUAAUGUAACUUGUACAUAAUACUAAUAAGAAUAAAUGAAAUGAAGAUUUAUCUAAAAGUUUUAAAGUAUUUGUAAUAAAACAGCACAUUAAUGUUUAUUCAAUGACUACCAUGGAUUAAAAUAAAGUGAACAAUUAUUGCCCGUGAAGUUGAUUUGAGUGUAAUAUUUUAGGAAAUUCUCGCAAUUUUAAACAGUUCCAGGUGAGUUGAUACAAAUCUUUGAAACGAACAAACCUUGUUAUUAUUUAGAGGGAGUGAGAGGAACAUUUUCGUUACACAGAUACAACGACAGUGGGGACUCGCCGUAAGAAAAAGCUAUAUUUGUAAAGCUUAAAUUAAAAACAGAAUUGAAAAAUUAACUCCCUCCUUUCUUUUGGAUCUAAAGGUCAAACAGAUAAGCGGGAAGAAUGAGUAUACCUCGUUCUCAUACUUCCCGCUCGUAUCCUGCGUCUAGUGAGCGGGAUGUCACAUGUGACAAAUUUCCGUUAUAGUUUUAAAUAGUUAUUGUGUCGCUUCCAGAUGAGUAUCUUUCAGUAUGAAAAGUGUUAGUAUGCUGAAAUAACAAUCGAAUGAGAUGCGCUACAUUACUCUGCAGCGAGCGAUGGCGCGGUCCCGGAGAGACAAGAUCUGGCGUUGGCGCUGCCAGUGGUGCUUCAUCAGCGUGGUCGCCGUCGCGCUGGUGUUAUACAACGCGGCCGCUAACAUAUGGCUGUUGCAGCCCUCGUGCGCCCAGAGCGGGCCCACCUCGCACCCCGCGCCCACCGCGCCCACCGCGCACUCCCCGCCGCCCACCGAGCCGGCCUGCGAGCCCUGUCUCGACACCGCGCCCAGCGCCGCCGCCGACGACGACCCCAUCGCCCGCCUCGACCUGCGCCUCGGCCGCUGGGACGGCUCGCGCUCCUACAGGCUCUUCGACUACGCCACCCUCGGAGACAUGUAUGCCGAGGUGUCCGCCAACAGGCGCGUGUGCCUGGCGACGCAGAGCUCCAUAGAGAGGCUGCACGAGCUGAUGAGGAUAGCGGCGCACUGGUCCGGGCCGAUGUCUGUGGCGGUCUUCGUGGCCGGAGACGAACUAAGACUCCUCCGAGCGUUCGCGACGUGGCUCUUCCGAUGUCGGCCGGAGAUUUACGGCCGGCUAGUGCUCCACGCGGCGACGCCCGCCGAGAGGCCGGGCACGCAGGGCGCCGUCCCCUCCUGGGCGAGGGACUGCGAUGCGAAGCCACUCCCGCCUGCGGAGCGCCGCGCGGACACGGUGGCGUGGCGAGCGCGCCAUCCCUAUCCCCAGAACCACCUGAGAAACCUGGCGAGAAGGAACUGCCACACGCCGUACGUGUUCCUGGUCGACGUCGACAUUGUGCCCUCCAAGGGCAUGGCGGAGGCUCUAGAUACGUUUCUGGCGAAGGCGCCCAGGUGCCCGCUGUGCGCGUACGUCGUGCCCACGUACGAACUGGACAAGAGAGUCGCGGAGUUUCCGGCGAACAAGUCGGAAUUGCUGCGCUUAUCGAAGAAUAAAUUGGCGAUACCUUUUCAUAGGAAAGUGUUCAUUUACAAUCAGUACGCUUCAAAUUUUUCCAGGUGGGAGGCGAGCGGCGGCAACGAGUCCUCGGAGGCGCACGUCAGCCAUGAUGUGACCAACUUCGAGCUGCUGUACGAGCCGUUCUAUGUGGCGGCGGACGCCGUGCCCGCGCACGACGAGCGCUUCCUCGGCUACGGCUUCACCAGGAACACGCAGGUACCUUGUACCCUACACUACCUUCUCCUCUCUCUCGCUUUCUCACUUCUGUUGCGAAUUGGGACGCCUCCGACGUCGCCGGUGCGGCUGCUGUUAGUCCAUUGUCAACUGCAGCUGCACUUUGCCAGCAAUGUUGCGGCCACUUGUCUGCCUAUUCCUUUGUCUCAUAUCUACCGCAGUAUAAUCGUAGAUCUUCAGGAGACGGUGGAAGGAGAAUGUUGUGCAGAGGAGGGGGACAAACCGAGCACGGAGGUGGAACUGCAAGAUGUAGACCUGCAGGAAGCUUGCCCUGAGCUCAGCGGGCAGAUUAUCGGCGGUAGACCCAGCUCUGUGACGAGGCACCCCUACCAGGUGUCCAUGGUGAUGAACGGCAACUCCUUCUGUGGAGGUUUCAUCAUUAGUCCAGACUACGUGCUGACAGCCGCCCACUGCGUCCAAAAUACCGCGGCGUCCGCUAUCCGGCUGCGCGUGGGCAGCACGCGGCGGGACUCGGGCGGGCGCAUCGUGGGCGUGGCCAACGUGACCGUGCACGCGCAGUACGGCCGGCCGCGCUUCGACAACGACAUCGCCGCGCUGCGCCUGGCGCGUCCCCUCGUCUUCAGCAACGCCGUGCGCGCCGUCCGCCUCCCGCAGCCGCGCCAGCCCGUGCCCCUCGUCCGGCUCACCGUCACCGGAUGGGGGCUCACUGCUCCGCGCGGGCGACGCAUCCCGCGCAUCAUGAUGGAGGCGCGGGUGCCCGUGGUGCCGCACUGGCUGUGCCGGCUCUCCUACGGGGACGCCCUCACAGACAACAUGUUCUGCGGCGGACACUUCCUCAUCGGCGGCGUCUCCUCCUGCCAGGGUGACUCCGGCGGUCCUGCGGUGUUCCGCGGCACUGUGUACGGGGUGGUGUCGUUCGCGCGAGGCUGCGCGCUGCCGCUCUCCCCCACCGUCUUCACGAACCUCGCCGCGCUCCGGGACUGGGUCACGCAGAACACCGGACUCUGAUGCCGAACCGAAUUCCACUCUAUCUCCAUACGCACACGAUUCAUACAAGCUUAGCAAGUCUGUGAUAUAAAUAAAUGUUGCCCUCGCAUUCCCGUGUCCGA